GCUGCGAGAGCUGUCACGGCAGGAAGUUGGGAGAGGGAGGUCGUGGGGAACUCGGGAACAAGCAAUAGAAAGCGGCUUGAGUCGGUUCGGGCAAACUUCUUGGAGAAAAAGUACUCGAAGGUGUAGAAUUUUAAAGAAGAUGAAGUGACCCCUUUUGCACCCGAGGCUGGAUGACUCUUUUCAUAGCUUGCAGGCGCUUCGUCUCUCGUCUUGUCAACCGAAACCCGGGUACCUUGAAGCUGCCGAGAACGGAGAUCGAUUUAAGGUCUGGCCAAUCGUUUUUCACCCUCGUUGGUGUGCUUGUGGUGGUGGUGGACUGGUGGUGGUGGUGGGUGCCCACAAUUUGCGGUCACCGGGGUACUUUAUCAGAGUUGGCGCCCUGGCGAAAGAGCGACAGCGUACACUAAAAAGGGCGUGACAGGAACAGCCUGCCGGAGCUCUGGCGAAGGGA